AUGCUAGACAUGUCUGGCCCUAAUGAUGCGCGCACGCCGGUCUCAUCCGCGCCUGCACCGAAUGUAUUCCCUGGAGAAGCACAUGAUAUCUCUGCUACAGUGCCUCACCUAAUCACUGCAAAUUUGAUUGAAAAGAGUCCAAAGGAGGCCGCUAGCGCUUUAGUGACGCUGUUGUCCGACAAUUCACAUCCCACCUUUGUGUUGCGUCCAACAUCGCCACAUGAUCGGCUGAGUGUCAUCCAGCGUAUGAUACAGUUUGGAACGCCGGCGUACCUUGCAUCCUUCACAAACCUUGUCCAUGGCCGAGAGAUUCUGGCUACAUGGCUCUUGGAAGCUACGCCACCGCGUAGGGCCGAUGUACAGGACACGAGCGAAAUGUACACCAAUGUCGUUGAACCUCUUCUCGAACUUCUUCUGCGUCUCCCUAUUGAAUUGGACCAUUUGAAAGACCAUGUAGGCCUAGGCAAGCUGAUUACAGGCGCACAGAAGCGAUUGCGCAACGAGCAUGCACGCAAAUUAGCUGAUGCUGUGAAAGACAAAUGGAGUGCACUGGUCCCCAUCAGCUCUGCACCGCGUGCACAGACGCCGCCAGCUCCUGCUUCAAAUGCAAAGCGGCCGGCAACCUCAAAUGACGCAUCGGAUGCAGCGGCCAAACGUGCCCGAAGCACUACACCUGUCCCCGCACAUACCAGUGUGCGUCCCACGUCGAGUUUGCUUGGCUCCAGCAUGGCACGAACGCGAACACAGACGGAACGUCGUGGAUCACCCCAGUUGACGGAGACAAGCACACGGAAUACCCCAACUCGCUUAUCGGGUGCUCAGUCCAAUGCCAACAAAGAUCUAGCCAGCUUUAUGACGCUCAUUGAUCAGCAUCAGCCCAGUCCCCCUCUGACAGACGCCGAUCCCGCACGUUCUGCACAGCCAGGAGAAACUACCACCUCUGACGUCAAGAAAAAGCGUAAAAAGUCCGUGCAUUGGAAGGAUCACGACGGCCAAACCCUUGUGGCCGUCAAACUCAUCGAACCUGCUAUUUACGAUGAAGACGAGCACGGCAGUGUCGCCAGUAUUGGACAACUGGACAUGGAAGAAGGCGGUGCUUUCCGGCUGGCUCACGCGGAUAUGGAAGAAUAUAUCGAUUAUUACCCGCCCUACAAGCUUGACCUCUUUCCGGCCUUUACUCAGGCUUCGAGGCUUCCUGAGCCUGCAGCUUACAGCGAAGUCAAAUUUGCUCAAGAAGAGUACGAGCAAACGGUCCCAGAAACAAUAUAUUCUGAUGCUAGCACCAUUCCCGACAGCCCGGCAGAACCUACGCCCGAUGACUAUCUGAGUGCCUUCGCCUCAACCUUGAAUGAACCUCGCGACAUUCCCACAGGCUCCGCGAUUCGACCGUUUGUAUUUGACAAUGUGGCCUCAACAUCAAAAAGCAGUUCCAUUCCAGGGCUACCCUCGAACUUGGCAGAUCUUUUGCGGCAACUUAACAGCGCAAGUGCCAGUACUGCAACGCCUGCAUCAACGCCUGCAUCAACAACUACUCCUGCACUGCCAGCCGUGCCUUCUUUACCACCGCCUGUAUGGGGCCCCCCGUCCGCGCCUCCAGUACCGAACUGGCCUUUUCCAUUUCCGCCGCCUGAAGCCAUGACUGCCGCUAUGCCACUAGCGGCCAACGUUACAAGUGCCCCGCCACGCAUGUCUGGUCCUUCAGAAUCAGGCAACAAGGCAUCACAUCCGCCACGCUCACGCGGCGGUCGUGGACGUAGAAGUGGCAAGCACGGGCGAUCCUCCUGA